GCCGCAUCGAAGAACGAUGGCGUCGCUCACCGUGUACACGAUGGCCGAGGUUGCGGCCCACACGCAGAUCGACGACUGCUGGAUUAUCGUCGGCGAGACAGGCGCCAAGAAGGUCUACGACGUCACCAAGUUCUCGGACGACCACCCCGGCGGCGCCGACUUCAUUUUGAACCACGCUGGGAAGGACGCGACGUCGCUGUUUGAGCUAUUUGGCCACUCGACGGACGCACGCAAGACGCUCGCCAAGUACCUCAUUGGCGUCCUCGACGAAGACGACGUUCCGGCGCCCUAGUUGUGUAGUUCGAUUCGGUAACGUAGAUGAAUGAUAUGUAUAUGGAUACGAA